AUGUACCGUGCAGUUUGGUGCAUAUUCGUGUCAUUGAUUGCAGUGGCAAAGCAAGUGAGCAGUGAUCACAAAGUGGUGCAUCCGAAUAUACUGUCUUCAAAAGGCGUAUCGGGUUACGCUUUGGAAUUGCUUUUGACCAAACAUGACUUCAUAAGCCGUCAGCUGCAGGAGCUACGUGAAGAUGUGCAAGAGCAACGAAAGUCCAUCUCGGAAAAUCAAGAGCAGUUGAGGCAAACACUUGAGCUGCUAGGCAAAAUGCAGCAAGAGAUGCUAAAACAACGGAAGGAGGCAAUGAAUGAUCGACAGCAGGUUUCAAUGUGGCAAGCAGAGGUUCAAACAUCGAUCAAGGCAAACCAAAUCGAGUCGGCACGCGUUUUGAAGGAGGUUCUCCAAAAUAUUGCAACUAAUCGAGCAUUGCAAGAGGGAAGCAUCGAAUUGCUGAAUAACUUGCAAGAAGAGAUCAAACAACAAAAGGAGGAUGAAACAAAGUGGCACACAGCGUCGCAACAAGCAAUCACGGAAAUACGCAGCAAUCAGGAGCAGAGCUAUGGUCUGGUGAUCCUGGUGCAGGAGGAAAUGCAAAGGCAAUUGAAGGAUAUAGCGAAAGAUGCAGAGAAGCAUUCAAAGUGGCAAGCAGAACUCCACACAUCAAUAAGAACAAUUCAAAAUGUAACAUCGAUUCAACAACAAUUAAUUGCGGGAAUACGGAACAAUCAGGACCCGAGUUUUGAUCUAUUAAACCAGACGCAGAAAGAGGUGCAAACGCAGCCGAAGGAGAUACCGAAACAUCAAGAAAAUCACUUAAAAGAACAAGCAGAGCUUCAGGCACCGAUCAGAACAAAAAAAAUGAAACAGCAAACAUUUUUACGCCAUUGUGAACAGGAUGAGCUGGUUGGAUUGUUAUUUAAUAUCACUUCGACAGAUUACUUAGCUUCAAUUACUUGAUGGAUUAUCUAAGGGGAUUUGGAAACGGAGAGCUAUGGCUGAGUCUCAAACAUGAAAUUUAUCUUUUUUUCUGCAACAGGUAGAGAUAAUUAUAACAAGGCUGAUGGUAAUUGUGCGAAGAAGUGGAGUGGAGUCUGGUGGUUCAAUAUUUGCUAUUAUGCUCAUUUGAACGGGCUUUAUCGAAAUGCCAGUGGGAUUCAAGCGGACAAAAUAGCUUGGUACAAUUU